AUGGUGUAUUCCCAGAGAAGAGGUGCGGGAUCCUGGCGCCUGCUGCUCUCGCUUCUGCUCCUCGCAGCCUGGGAGGCCGGGAGCGGCCAGGUCCACUACUCCGUCCCGGAGGAAGCCAAGCACGGCACCUUCGUGGGCCGCAUCGCCCAGGACCUGGGGCUGGAGCUGGCGGAGCUGGUGCCGCACCUGUUCCGGGUGGCGUCCAAAGGCCGCGGGGAGCUUCUGGAGGUAAAUCUGCAGAAUGGCAUUUUGUUUGUGAAUUCUCGGAUCGACCGGGAGGAGCUGUGCGGGCGGAGCGCCGAGUGCAGCAUCCACCUGGAGGUGAUCGUGGACCGGCCGCUGCAGGUGUUCCAUGUGGAGGUGGAGGUGAAGGACGUUAAUGACAACCCCCCAAGGUUCUUGGGACAAGAACAAACACUAUUAGAAUCAAGAAUAGCGGAUUCUCGGUUUCCGCUAGAGGGCGCAUCUGAUAUGGAUAUCGGAAGAAACGCAGAACUGGAUAACAAGUUACAAGCUGAUGAAUAUUUUGACUUAGAUGUUAAAACAAAUGAAGAGGAAACAAACUUUUUAGAGCUAGUUAUGAAGAAACCAGUAGGUAGGGAAGAAACGCAAGAACAUCGUUUAUUGCUGAUUGCAAUUGAUGGAGGAAAACCUGAACUAACAGGUACAGUUCAGUUAUUGAUCAAUGUAUUGGAUGCGAAUGAUGAUGCCCCGGAAUUUGAUAAAUCAAUUUAUAAUGUCAGAAUAUUGGAAAAUGCACCGAAUGGGACAUUAGUUAUUAAACUGAAUGCCUCAGAUGCAGAUGAGGGCAUUAAUAAGGAAAUAGUGUACCUCUUUAGUAAUCUUGUUCUUGACAACGUAAAAUCUAAAUUAGCGAUCAAUCUAAUAGUAGGGAAAUAACAGUUCAGGGAAAGAAAACUGGAUUUUGAAGACUGUAAUUUAUAUGAAAUUAAUAUUGAUGCCGUUGAUAAAAGUCCAUUCCCAUUAAGACACUGCAAAGUCAUAGUGAAAAUCCUGGAUGAGAAUGAUAAUACCCCAGAGAUGGUCAUAACCUCCCUAUCUCUGCCUGUGCAAGAAGACGCCCCAUGGGGCACUGUCAUCGCCCUGAUCAGUCUGUCAGACCACGACUCCGGUGCCAAUGUGCCGGUGACUUGCACCCUGACGCCUCAUGUCCCCUUCAAGCUGGUGUCCACCUUCAAGAAUUACUAUUCAUUGGUUCUGGACAGUGCCUUGGACCGCGAGAGCGUGGCGAACCAUGAGGUGGUGGUGACAGCGCGGGACGCGGGCUCGCCUUCGCUGUCGGCCACAGCCAGCGUGUCCGUGGAGGUGGCCGACGUGAACGACAACGCGCCCGCGUUCGCGCAGCCCGAGUACACGGUGUUGGUGAAGGAGAACAACCCGCCCGGCUGCCACAUCUUCACGGUGUCGGCGCGGGACGCGGACGCGCAGGAGAACGCGCUGGUGUCCUACUCGCUGGUGGAGCGGCGGGUGGGCGAGCGAGCGCUGUCGAGCUACGUGUCGGUGCACGCGGAGAGCGGCAAGGUGUACGCGCUGCAGCCGCUGGACCACGAGGAGCUGGAGCUGCUGCAGUUCCAGGUGAGCGCGCGCGACGCGGGCGUGCCGCCUCUGGGCAGCAACGUCACGCUGCAGGUGUUCGUGCUGGACGAGAACGACAACGCGCCCGCGCUGCUGCCGCCCGGGCCGGGCGGCGGGGCGGGCGCGCUGAGCCAGCUGGUGGCGCGGUCGGUGGGCGCGGGCCACGUGGUGGCGAAGGUGCGCGCGGUGGACGCGGACUCGGGCUACAACGCGUGGCUGUCGUACGAGCUGCAGCCGGCGGCGGGUGGCGCGCGCAGCCCGUUCCGCGUGGGGCUGUACACGGGCGAGAUCAGCACGACGCGCGCCCUGGACGAGGCGGACGCGCCGCGCCAGCGCCUGCUGGUGCUGGUGAAGGACCACGGCGAGCCGGCGCUGACGGCCACGGCCACCGUGCUGCUGUCGCUGGAGGACAGCGGCCAGGCGCCCAAGGCCUCUUCGCGGGCGUCGACGGGCGCCGCUGGCGCGGAGGCCGCUCUGGUGGAUGUGAACGUGUACCUGAUCAUCGCCAUCUGCGCGGUGUCCAGCCUGUUGGUGCUCACGCUGCUGCUGUACACGGCGCUGCGGUGCUCGGCGCCGCCCAGCGAGGGCGCGUGCGGGCCCGGGAAGCCCACGCUGGUGUGCUCCAGCGCGGUGGGGAGCUGGUCUUACUCGCAGCAGAGGCGGCAGAGGGUGUGCUCUGGGGAGGGGCCGCCCAAGGCUGAUCUCAUGGCCUUCAGCCCCAGCCUGCCUCAGGGUCCCAUCUCUACGGACACCGUGAGUCUCAAAAAUCUAACAGCAAUUUUUCGUCAUGUGUUCGUGCUGGACGAGAACGACAACGCGCCCGCGCUGCUGCCGCCCGGGCCGGGCGGCGGGGCGGGCGCGCUGAGCCAGCUGGUGGCGCGGUCGGUGGGCGCGGACCACGUGGUGGCGAAGGUGCGCGCGGUGGACGCGGACUCAGGCUACAACGCGUGGCUGUCGUACGAGCUGCAGCCGGCGGCGGGUGGCGCGCGCAGCCCGUUCCGCGUGGGGCUGUACACGGGCGAGAUCAGCACGACGCGCGCCCUGGACGAGGCGGACGCGCCGCGCCAGCGCCUGCUGGUGCUGGUGAAGGACCAUGGCGAGCCGGCGCUGACGGCCACGGCCACCGUGCUGCUGUCGCUGGAGGACAGCGGCCAGGCGCCCAAGGCCUCUUCGCGGGCGUCGACGGGCGCCGCUGGCGCGGAGGCCGCUCUGGUGGAUGUGAACGUGUACCUGAUCAUCGCCAUCUGCGCGGUGUCCAGCCUGUUGGUGCUCACGCUGCUGCUGUACACGGCGCUGCGGUGCUCGGCGCCGCCCAGCGAGGGCGCGUGCGGGCCCGGGAAGCCCACGCUGGUGUGCUCCAGCGCGGUGGGGAGCUGGUCUUACUCGCAGCAGCGGCGGCAGAGGGUGUGCUCUGGGGAGGGGCCGCCCAAGGCAGACCUCAUGGCCUUCAGCCCCAGUGUACCGGGGAGCUGGUCUUACUCGCAGCAGAGGCGGCAGAGGGUGUGCUCUGGGGAGGGGCCGCCCAAGGCUGAUCUCAUGGCCUUCAGCCCCAGCCUGCCUCAGGGUCCCAUCUCUACGGACACCCCGCAUGAUGUCGCUGUCUACCGUGAAGUUACACUAGCUGUUAUUCAAGUCCAUUGCUCCCAUUACUGCAUCCUUCCACGAGUGUUGAAUGAUGGCAGGCGCAGAAGAACUGAAUUAACAGACUCGGGAUGA